AUGGACUCUCCCGCCAGUGACGACGGCUUCGAUUCCGUCGCCGAUACCUCUAACAAGAGCCUCAACAACAGCAACAACAACCACGACACCCUUUUAGCACAAACUCCGAUCGGCACCGCCGUGAAAGAUGACAUAUCCGUGCAAGAUCUGGUCACGUGGACGAGAUGGCGCGAUACGUCUCCCAGCGCCAGCACGGCUUCGGCCAGCGCUUCGGCCAGUACUUCCGCGAGUGCUACGGCAGGUCCCUCGACAACGGUCGCGGCUGUGUCGCAAUUCCCACCGUUUGCGCUGCUCCGUCCGUCGCUAAAGCCGGGGCUUUCCAGCACCCCUUCCAGGUCCAGUUCGUCGCUCAAAAACGUGCGGUUUGCCCACCAGCUCACAACCGUCAAGCGUUUCGACACCCGUUCCGAGCCCAUCUCGAUCUCGACCGAAAAUUCGCCGCAACUGGCGCCGAUUUGUGACGACGACGACGGCAUUGGUAGCGAAGACGACGACGGCGGAGACGGCGGCCGGCAACAGGACGACUAUUGGUUUGGAACCGCGCUUUCGCGAGCCAAGUUGCCCCUGUUAUCAUCUACGUCCACGGCCAGCCAUAAACCUUCAACUUUCAGCCUCUUUGACCCAACCAUUUGCAGCGAAAGCGACGGCGACAGUAGCGAUUGCGAUUUGGAUCUCGAUUUCAAGAGCUCCGGUCUACCGCCCGGUUCCGGACCAAACUCUAUAACUGCUACUUUCAAAAAUUCAGCAAGCAUCCGUGGCCAAAAUUACACAUCUACCGCUUCUACUUCUCCCUCUUCCUCUUCCCAACGCUUCAUUGUCGAUAAGUGGCUUCUACUGUCGUCUGAUAUACAGCCCCUCAUCACCCGUAGGGCCCUCGAUUUGCAAUCACAUAUACUGGCACAUCUUAAAGGGCACAACAUCAAACUCAACAAAGUUUCCUCUUGUCUGGACUCGCAAAAGAUUCAAGGCCUCAUAUAUGUCACAAACUUGCAUUUUGAAAAGUCUAUAGAGAUCAAGUUUACUUUUAACAAUUGGCAAGACGUUCAUUAUGUUCCCGCUUAUUACCAUCGAACCGUUACUAAUGCCAUUGACGAGUUUAAAUUCACCAUCGAUUUGACCAGCUUAUCAUUUUUCAUGCAAUCCAAAAACCUGCUUCACUGCAACUCUCAUGCCCCCGAAACUUGUUGCUCCUUAAAAAUGGAAUUAUGCUGUCGAUAUGACGUUAAUGGGGAAACUUAUUACGACAAUAAUAAUUACAAUAAUUAUCAUGUCGAAUUGCAAGCGUUUACACAUCCAGUGGUUCAUAGAACUACCGCGUCAGUACCAAACUUAACUGCUCUGUCAUCGCCAUACUCACAACAUCAUUCAUCGAGCUCGUUUGCGGUAAACUCGGAAACGAUAAAUCCAAGGCCGUUUGGCUCCGAUUUUCUCAUCUCAACAACACUCUCUCAUAGCACUUUGAAAAAUUCACCCAAAGCCAACAAUACUACUAAUAAUACUUCUACAAGUCGAAAAUUCUCAGACAAUACUGAUUAUUACAACACUUCUCCUCUCAAACAUCUGUUCCACAAUGAUACUACGUUGGCGAAGCCUUCGCGGAUAAAUGAAGUCACUUUUGACUUCGACACUACUCCAACUACUCCAAUUCACUAUCUUCUCGAUCAACAUCCGGGAGAGAAGCAUUACACGCACAGCCCCCCACUUUCUCACAUGAAAAUUAACAAAGAAAAUCAGGCUCCAAAACCGGCAACUUUGAAUAAAAAUAGUUCCGACUCCACGGUGGCUAUUGCAUCUCUAAACGAGAACUCAAAUUUCAAACAAGACAUGCCGAUAUCAUCGGAUAUGUCAUCUACCAGUACUUACCGUAACCCGCUGGCGGACGUUUCGUUUUCAACCUCAAACUCAACUGCGGACACAACCACUACCAAUAGCUCUUCCUCCUCAAUUGCGAGUCAAAAACCACGCUCGCUUCAAGAAUUUUCAUCUUCUCAAGUCAGAGGUGAUUUUUUUAUGCCAUCCCCAGAAUUGAAUAGGCAGAACUCGGCUCCGGAUUCUUCCGCUGCCGCUAUGGACUACGAUAAACUUGUUCAUUCUUAUUGUUUUCAUGAUCAAAGGGAAGGAUCUUCGGGCCCCCAAACCAUCACGCCGUCUUUUUGGACGCGGCAUUUGUCUCCAAACACACCACCGGUUCUAUCUCCAACUCGAAAACAUGAUUGGAUGCUUUAA